AUGCCCUCAUUUACCAGACUCUUUUCUGGCCUUAGCAAUGCCGUCAAACAGGAGCCAUCGCAAUCGCCCUCGACAAGACCCAACGACCCAUACCACACAGACACCAUAAACAAGGCGAACCCGCAGGCAGGGCUCAAAUUGUCCAUCCAGAUAGAGUCUCCGCCUCUGAUGCUAUACGGCCCGCCGGAACGCAGCUCUGGCGCGAUUUUCAGCGGCCUGGUGGUUCUGGACGUGUUUCCCGACCAUAUCGGCCAGCUACAGAGCGAAGGCAUCGCCUCGAGCCAGUCGAUCCAGUCCACCAUCUCGCUGAGCACUGCCGUAACAAGUAUUAGACAAAAUUACGCAGAGGUGAAGGAGGUGGCACUAUCUUUUAUACAGAUCAUCGACUACGGAAAGCCGUUCAUUGCCGGCUCAAACACGAUCGACUCGUGUGGCGAGUGUCGCCGCAAGAUCACAGAGCUCGCUCGUUGGGACGUUCUCUCGCGUCCAACAGGUUUCGCCAAAGGCUCCUCCCAUGCGUUCCCGUUCAGCUAUCUGGUGCCUGGGACGCUUCCCGCCACGUCGGUUCUGUCCACGUCGCUGACGUCGAUCCGCUACGAGCUGGUUUGCAAGGCGCGGUUCAUCAACAAGCAGGGAAGACCGGACCACAUUAAUAUUGCGCUGCCGGUGAUGAUCCGGCGAUCGAUUUUGAGAGGUCAAGAUCGCAACUCGCUCAGAGUUUUCCCGCCCACAGAGGUCACCGCCACCGCCGUGAUCCCCAACGUUGCGUAUCCCAAGUCCACUUUCCCUGUGGAGAUCCGCAUGGACAACGUGUGCUCGCCGGAACGACGCUGGAGAAUGCGCAAGCUGAACUGGAAACUGGAGGAAAUCAUCCGUGUGCGCGCCAACCACUGCGACAGCCACCAGGCCAAGUACGCCGCGACGGUCGACAACACCAAACGCGCGUACCGCGGCAAGAAACCGCACAAAAACUGUGGUGGGCCCGGCAAGCCGGUGUACAACUAUUAUUUUGAGCACCCGCCCCGUCGACAGCCGACAGAGGAGAACGACGACCCGACCGACGUGACUGCGCAAAACACGUCGCCGCCUGUGUCGCCCGAUCUCGUGCCGGUCGCAUCCACGUGGUCGGUGCAGGCGGGAAGCGAAGGUCUGGUGCCGCAGGCGUCGCAGCAGAGCACGCCGCAAAUGACACCGUCGCUGUCGACGGUCGCCAGCAACGACCUGCUGCCGCGUCAGACCACCACGGAGACGCCGUUGUACGUGGAGGAGAUCCGCGUGAUCAAGUCUGGCGAGCUCAAGUCGGGCUGGAAGAGCGAUUUCUCGAAUAAGGGCAGAAUUGAGAUCGUGGCCGACAUUUCUCUAAUGGACCUUAUUUCCAUGGGACUCAACGUUUCACUCACCAACCUGUCGGCCAUCAACUCGCUGAACUGCGAGUCUCCGAUUUUCAGCCUGGAGCCCCAAAGUGGAGUCAACUGCGCGUGCGACAUAGAAGACUACGAAACAGGCAUUUUUGUGCACCACAACCUGGUGCUGGAGGUCAUCGUGGCCGAGGAGCUCAUGCACGCCACCAACGUGCAGCCGAUCCGCUCUACGCCGUCGUCGGCCUAUCUGAGCACCAUCACCAACGCCCCCACGCAAACGGGAACCUCGUCUCAAAACAGAACCGGCGCAACACACCACUCGACCAACGCCAAACACAACGACGGCGGCACGGGACCGGAUCACGUGAACGGCAACCGCAGCGACCCGCUCAACCACACGACAGGCAUCCCGACAGGCGUUGCCAGGGUGUUGCGCAUGCAGUUCCGGCUCGUCCUCACAGAAAGAUCCGGUCUCGGAGUCGCGUGGGACGACGAGGUGCCGCCAACUUACCACACCGUGGGGGCUCUGUCCCCACCAUCAUACAACGACAUAAACAGCAUGCCGUCUCAGCAGUCGCUCGUGAUCCCGCUGGACUCCAGCGACCAGCUGGACCAGCUGGACCAGGUGGUGCUGCCAGCGCCGGCUAGACUGCACUAG